GUUAUGUGGUCACUGGUAAAACCAAAAGUGAAAGUGCUGCAAGGACAGGGAGCAGUUGUCAUUAUUGUAUUGGUGAGAGUCGCACAGACAUGCCAGAGACCUCGGAAAGAAAUUACGAAGCUAUUCCGUAAGUAAACUUCUACUUGAAUAAUCCCUGUGAGGCUGUGAACUGCUGAAUCUCUACCAUGCAUCGGAGUAAGGCAAAUUAUAUCCGUCUCAGAGACACGUCCAUGGCACAGACAACAUCGAUGAAAAACUUCUAUGUCCACCUUGCGGGAAAAACUAAUGACGCUCAUCAUGACUUUGUUAGGAAGUUGAAAAGUUAUGGUUUUACUCAGGUGUCCUCUCAUGAUCACUGUGACUACUGUGUGGUUUUCUGUCCAAUCGCCUCACGAGUUGGAACGGACGUUGCCGAGGCCCUGGAAAGAAGUCCUGCUGGUAAACCGAUCAUUCUGGUGGUGAUGCAUCACACCUUUGAUCGUGACCAUGUUGUAGCUGAGAGCAGGAGACUGGUGGAUAACCAGGACGUCACUGUCACAGUGGACUAUCUGUUCUAUGAGAAAAACCUCCUGCAGUGUAAACGCAACGAUAUCUCAUGGGGUGAAAUCGAGAAGACUCUCGGAAUUCCCCGGGUUAGGAGCAGAUUGACUGAUCUAAUACAGCAAUUAUCUCAUCAACGAUGGAUUUGGAUAGGGUUACUUUUUGGACUGGGAAUAUUGGUGAUCCUUGCGGUGAUCGUUUUCAACCUUUUGAAAAAACAUUAAGGAGAACAGUGACGGCUGUCACUAACAUACAUGAUAGAACCAAAAGGAAUCAAGUUUAUAUCUCAUAAUCACAGAAAAUCAUUCUUAAAGAGAUAAAAUAAAUAUGCUAUAUCAUGUAUGUGUAAUGUCUGUAAUGACUGUAGAAGGACGCUAUUAUUAGUAUUAUGAAGGUUGAUGUAAAUGUUGUUGGGCUGAUGCAUUAUAUUAUAUCUGAAGCACAGUUCUAAGGGGAAUGAUUGCAGAUUCAGGCCUUAUCUAACAAUACUAACAUGACCAUAUGUGGAUACAGUCAAACAGGCUGCUGUAAUUGCUUCUCAUGUCCAAAAAUCCCCUCCAUAGGGGGACAACAAUCAGACUGUUUUUGGGCAAAAAUGCAUCUAGAGGUUCAGCUGAAGCUUCAGCAGUCAGAGUUUUCAAGUCAAGUGGACAUAUUCCAAAGGUUCAGUCUUUUUAUUACCUUCUUUGUGUUAUGAUGAUGUUACCUUGUCAGACAGCAAGGAGGACACUCACACAAAGAGAAACUGGUGAUAAAAACACUUUAACUUUGAAACAUAUCCAGUCGAUGUAACUAACUCAGAUUGCUGAAACUGUAAAUUAACUUUAACCAAACUUUGAAUUUAUUAAAAGAAAAAAAUCACUUUCAUUGAAAUUGUUUUAAGAAGAUGUGGAACCCUUUCACCCAAGUAACUGUGCCUUCGAGAUACAAGUUUUCCGUCAUGUUUAAAUGUGUGUUUAGAGUAGUACACGCUCCGGUCUUAUGAACGCAUAAUGUAUCAUAUCUAUAUAACUCGCUUCUGUAAAUUAAACAAAUGUGAUGGAUUCCUUUCAAAAAUUUCAAAAAAAAACACAAUAAAUAACUUUGAGUUUGA